AUGCCCCGUGAAGAGCGUUAUCAAUGUUUCUGGUGCAAGAUACAAAUCAAUCAUGGUAGUCGCAAGUAUUCGGCAAGUGGGUCGCUGCUAUUGCGAGUUUUUCUGGCUGCGAACUCUGGAAGACGAGUUGAUUCUGACGACUCUAUUUGUGGAGCUUGUCGAAGACAGUAUGAUCGGUGGCGAAAAGCUAUGGAAAAUGACUUCGACCACCUUGAUGUACCAAUAAAUAAAAAGGAUCCUCAAGAGAAUGAAGAGCCUAUGGAUGGUUAUAUCAUCAGUUCCUUAGGACCAUUUUUCACGGAUUCAUUAAAUAACGAUGCAGCCAUUCUGAAGCACUGUAUUCUUAACGAUGAACAACAAGUGUUGUCUUGGCUUCGCGAUAAUGAUGUCAUGGUAUUAGAUCGUGGGUUUCGUGAUACUGUUAAUGCACUAAAUCGACUUGGUCUUAAAGUUGCUAUACCUGCUUUUCUACACAACCAAAAGCAGCUCCCUGCCGAUGAAGCUAAUCAAACCCGAUUCGUUACGAAGAACCGAUGGGUUAUUGAAAGUGGUAAGAUUUAA